UGUGUGUUGUAUCUGAUAGAAAAGGGGGGUGAAUUUUGGAAAUUAGAAAAUUAAACAUUGUAGAAAAGGAAUACCAGUGGUUAAGGAAAACAAAAGCACACUUGGAGAUUUUGAUAAUAAUACAGGGAUUUGUAAUUUUGUCUUGGAAAGUGCUAAAAAGGCAAAUUAAAAUUUUUGGUAAAACUGAGGGCAUUAUGCAAAUCAUAUACUGCUAGUCUUUCUUGAUACUCCAAAUCCUGAUAUCAACAGCGGAAGGCUGAAGGCAGAAUUCCUAAACCAUUCCAAGAUAAGGCACUUGAUUGACACACCGGGGAGAAAAGGAAUCAUUCCAAAAUGGAGCUCAGGUUGCAUAGUACGGUUGUAUCAGUUGCUUCCUUCGACAGUAAAGAUACAGCGAGACAAAUCAAACGCAAUAGCUGUAAAGUGCUCCAGAGAAGUACUUAUUCUCCUUCAGUGUUGAAGUUAAACCAACCAGAGUGCAGAACAUGCAGAAUAUUCUGUGCUCUACCAGAAACAGCUGCUUCUAUUGCAGUUGCUGCUACCAUUGUAGGUGCGGCAGCUACUCUUCUUCAAAGAAGAACGGAAGCUUCUGAAACAACUGAGGCCUCCACAAAAAUUUGUGAUGACUGUGGCGGUUCUGGUGUUUGUCCAGAAUGCAAAGGAGAAGGCUUUGUGCUAAAGAAACUCUCAGAGGAAAGUGCUGAGAGAGCAAGAUUGAUGGCAAAGAACGCAGCUACCAGAUACACAGCUGGGUAAAAUUGAUGCUUCCAAAAAAGUGGAGCUAUUGCACAAAAUGCUCUUCUUCUCGAUCUUGUAGUAAUUGUGGUGGCACAGGGAAGCUUGGCUUCUAGAUUAACUGAAGUUUCGGUGGUUCUAAUUGAGCUCUGUUUCUCAUUGCAUCGAUCAGCUAAACGCCAUCAAGACUCGAGAAGGUGCUUCAAGCAAAUCAAUGCCAGUCUUUUUCUUUAUUUGAAGUCCCUGGAAAAGCCAGUCUUUUUACGCGCCUAAAAAACAAAAAGGACAAGUCUUUUUGUACGUAAUUGCUUGCAAUUUCUAUGUAUAGACAAAUUUGUAGGAGCUUGAGUUGCUUUUACCUUUUUCCUUUUCACAACGCUACUUUAGUUGUUUCAUGUUUACAAGAAACGAUUUGCUGUGCAUUCAUUACAUUUUUUGAAGCUUGAAAUGAUUUGGUGUAUAUAUCCGGGGCUCUUGAGACAUGGCAUCAGUGCUCAGACAGAUUGAGAAUUGAGUCCUGUUCAGUUCAAAACUUGGCUGUGGCUGUUGUAGUUUUUUAACUGAAUGCAAUUUGUAUUGAGAUAUAAUA